UUUUGACAGAGGCGAAAUACCGGUUCCCGUCUUCGCUUGAUUGCAACAUAAACUUUCAGGGACACAUUAUUAUUUUUUUUAUUUAUAAACAAACAUCAAAACAGGUCAUACAAAGUGAAUGGGCACAAGUAGCAGUAGCUGUAAGACAUCGCACAAGAUGUCCAACAAGCCUUAUCCCACUGCUCAGUCAGGUGCCUACCCGAGCCACCCUCAAGCCCAGGGGGGAUACCCACAGGGCCAGGGAAUGUACCCAGCUGGUCCCUAUCCCCAGACACAGUAUCCAGCAGGAGCGUAUCCAUACCAGCAGAACCCCUAUGGUCCACCUGGCUACCAAGAGCCUCCCCCACCUUACAGCGCCCAUCCACAGUACCCGCCACCGGGCUCCAAUUAUGCCCCACCUCAAGCCCCUUACUAUCCCCAGCAGCAGCCUCAGACCGUGGUUGCCCCAGGCUUGUUUGAUGCGGGAGCUCGCUUUGAUGGUAUCGCCCAGAACAGAAUUCCACCUCCUCCCCCUGGGGUGGCCCCCAACCAGGCACAGAUGGCUGCAAUGCAGGGCCAGACAGUGGUUGCUUCACAGCAGAGAGGCAACUGGUUAUCUGGGAGCGGCAAUGACGCAGGCGUAUCCUGGGGAUUCUAGAGGGAGGCUGAACAAUAAUUUUGAUGCUGUGAUAUCGCUUGUUGGACCACACAGCUUGCAGGAACAGGAUCAAAGUUUCCAACCCUGUGACCUGUGACAGCAAAAUCUCCUCAUUUCUUUACAUUAUUAGCAAGAGUUAUAGCCAUACUGUUAUAAUUACCAAAUUUCUAUGUACAAAAAAAAACAUUAUUUCACUUAACACUGUAAAAGUUACGCAAUGUUAUUUCUUUUACUAUCAUUUUGUUUUAUAAAUACAAAAACUGGCAGUUAUAUUGUGUCUUAAAACACUUAACAAAAUGUUAGAAUUUCUAUAUGAAAAUGCUGCUGCAGUAUUUUACUUAACACAAAAAUCUGCUCAAAGUAACUGUACUUACAGACCAGAAACAUUUUUAUGUCAAUAAUGUUUAUACUUAUUAUCAAACCUUACAUUUUACAAGAAUAAACUGCAAUUUGCGUUUUUAAAGAUUUACUGCAUUUUGAAGGACUUACUCUUACAUUAUUUAAAUAAUAAUCAAAAUAUCAGCUUCAUUUUACCAGCAUUAGAAAACAGUUGUACUCGGAUUGUAGCCAAAACUUGUUGUAGGUGUAUGAUUGUCCUUUUCAGUGUGUAUUUAUAUCUUUUAUGUAGAAUAAGUGAUGUCUUAAAGUGUGAUAAUUUCAUCUUUUUUUUUAUUUGACUUAUUUAAAUUUGAAUGUGAUAUGUAGACUGGUAACUCUCAAUGACUUUCAUCAAUGUUCUUUGUUGAAAAUUCAUGUUUUUUUGUAAAUAAAUCAUUACACCUUU